GUGACCAAGCAGCAGCUGCGGCGGCGGCGGCGGCGGCGGUAGCAGUAGCGGCUGCUGCUGCUGCUUAUCCGUAGGUGACAGCGGUCCCUUCUCUUUUCCCAUCUUCUGGCUCAUUCUCCGCUCUUCAGCCACUCUAGGAGCUACUGCCAUCCCGGGGCUACGAUAUGAAGAAGCCUCUCUGGGGUGGGCAGAGGCCGGAGCUGGCUCGCUCUUCCCCCGGGGAAGUGUGAAGAGGCGUUGUGGGGAGCUGGGGGAGUAAUCCGCGGAGCAAAGGGAGGGCAGCCGGAGAUUUCCAGUGGGAUGCUCCUGCUUUCAUGCUGGAACUUUAUCUCUGUGGCUUGGAUUCAACGCAGUAGCAGCUGCCCUUGUUUUGUGUGUUAACUAGAAAUCAAGGAGAGAAAUGAGGAGAUUUGUUUACUGCAAGGUGGCUUUAGCCACUUCCCUAAUGUGGGUUCUUGUCGAUGUCUUUUUACUCCAGUACUUUAGUGAAUGUAACAAAUGCGAUGACAAGAAAGAGAGGUACCUGCUACCUGCAUUAAGGGCUGUUAUUUCAAGAAACCAAGAAGGCCCAGGAGAGAUGGGGAAAGCAGUGCGGAUUCCUAAAGAUGACCAGGAGAAAAUGAAAGAGCUGUUUAAAAUCAACCAAUUUAACCUAAUGGCCAGUGAUUUGAUUGCACUUAACAGAAGUCUCCCGGAUGUAAGAUUAGAAGGAUGCAAGACAAAAGUCUAUCCUGAUGAACUUCCAGACACAAGUGUAGUCAUAGUAUUUCAUAAUGAAGCCUGGAGCACACUGCUUAGAACUGUUUACAGUGUAAUCAAUCGGUCCCCACACUACCUACUGUCUGAAAUCAUCUUGGUAGAUGAUGCUAGUGAAAGAGAUUUUCUUAAGAUGGCAUUAGAGAAUUAUGUGAAAAAUUUAGAAGUGCCAGUGAAAAUUAUUAGGAUGGAACAGCGAUCUGGACUGAUCCGUGCUCGUCUUCGAGGAGCAGCUGCUUCAAAGGGCCAGGUCAUAACUUUUCUAGAUGCACACUGUGAAUGCACAUUAGGCUGGUUGGAACCCUUGCUGGCAAGAAUAAAAGAAAAUAGAAAAACUGUUGUCUGUCCCAUCAUUGAUUUGAUUAGCGAUGAUAACUUUGAAUAUACAGCUGGAUCAGACAUGACAUAUGGAGGUUUUAACUGGAAACUUAAUUUUCGCUGGUAUCCUGUUCCUCAAAGAGAAAUGGACAGAAGAAAAGGAGACAGAACUUUGCCUGUCAGGACCCCUACUAUGGCUGGAGGCCUAUUUUCAAUUGACAGAAACUACUUUGAAGAAAUAGGAGCUUAUGAUGCAGGAAUGGAUAUUUGGGGUGGAGAGAAUCUUGAAAUGUCUUUCAGGAUUUGGCAGUGUGGUGGAGCAUUAGAAAUUGUAACCUGUUCUCAUGUGGGUCAUGUGUUUCGCAAGGCAACCCCAUAUACUUUUCCAGGAGGCACUGGUCAUGUUAUCAACAAGAAUAACAGGAGACUAGCAGAAGUCUGGAUGGAUGAAUUUAAAGAUUUCUUCUAUAUCAUAUCCCCAGGUGUUGUCAAAGUGGAUUAUGGAGAUGUAUCGGUCAGAAAAGCACUAAGAGAAAAUUUGAAGUGUAAGCCCUUUUCUUGGUACCUAGAAAAUAUUUACCCAGACUCCCAGAUUCCACGACGGUAUUACUCACUUGGUGAGAUAAGAAAUGUUGAAACCAACCAGUGUUUAGACAACAUGGGCCGCAAAGACAAUGAAAAAGUGGGCAUGUUCAACUGUCAUGGCAUGGGAGGAAAUCAGGUAUUUUCAUACACUGCUGAAAAGGAAAUUCGUACUGAUGAUUUCUGCUUAGAUGUUUCUAGACUCAGUGGGCCUGUUAUCAUGUUAAAGUGUCACCAUAUGAGAGGAAAUCAGCUUUGGGAAUAUGAUGCUGAGAAACUCACAUUAAGACAUAUCAACAGCAACCAGUGUCUUGAUGAGCCUUCAGAAGAUGACAAAAUGGUACCUACCAUGAAGGACUGCAAUGGAAGUCGAUCCCAACAGUGGCUGCUCCGCAACAUGACCUUGAGUGCCUGAAGUCAGAAGAGUGUCACUAUAUUUCCUUAAGACCAUUGAUACUUUUAUCUAUAAUUUCAGUCAGGUGAAGGCAUCAUUCACUUGGGGAAAUGAAAACCUUAAAAGCUCUUUGUUAUGACCAGACAUGGGUUUUGUGUUUGUUUUCCCUGCUCUGGGAAGAUUUGAUGUAGACCCCUAUGAAAUUUUUAUAUCUUCUCAAAGGAAGCACAGUUUAGAAGCUAUAAACAUCAUAGAUGCUAUUUAAGAUACCAUAGUGAAGUGUGUGGGGGGGGAUAUAUGUAUACAUAUAUGUAAACAUAUAUGCAGAUAUAUGUAUACAUGUGUAAGCAUACAUAUGUAUAUAUAACCCUUUUGAACUUUAUCAUAUAGGGUUUCUUUGGACUUUUAAAAAAAUUUUGGUUGUUCUUGUGAUAUCACAAAAUAUUGCUUGAAUGGGACAUACUGUAAAAUGCCUUAUAAAAGUAAUUUUGUGAAGGAUUAUAUUGAUUGUUUUAUAAACUUGUUCUAUUUCUAAUUGUCCUUCAUGGAAACAUGGAGCAACUAUUAGUUACUAUUUCAUGUUUUUUGUUUUAUUUUAAAGACUCAGCAGAGUAUUGAAUUAAUGAGGUACCUGGACAGUAAAUUCACUAUAUAUUAUGAAUAUUUCAUGUUUUAGCCCAUGAAAAAUAAGAAAUUAUCAAACAUUUAAAUCCUAAGUUCUUGGUUUUAACAAAUCAAAUUUUAACAGCAAAAGCUUAUUUAAAAAUUAAAAUUAAUGUAACCAUAAGAUGUGGAAGAGAGGCUGAUAAACCUGGGUCAUAGGGAUCAUAGAAGGUAAGAGGGAAUUAUCCAAGGUCCAGUUAUCUCCAUCACUUCAAAGUUGAAUAAAACACAAAAGAACCAGCCAGAGUUGAUGUUGAAAACUUAGGUUUUGAUCACUGACUUUUGUGUCUAAAUGUAGCAACACUGAAGCCAUCUGGUCAUUUUGCUCUAAGCUUCACAUACUGUGGCCUCCCAGUUGUGCAGAAUAGAAACACAGCAUGGUAGAUUAGAGAUUUAAUUCUAACUCUCACUUUUAAAUUCUCUAGCAUUGCAAGGUUUGAUAGAGGUCACUGUUCCUGAUUCAAUGUGAUUCCCUAUGAAAAGAAAUAGAGGAGCAUCAAAAUGCCAUUGUCGUGCACUUCUACCACUGGUAAAUCCAUAGGAGCAUUCUAUUUUUAACAUGUUUCUAAAUAUUAUUCAUAAAGAAUUCAUAACUGAU